GCCAGGGGUGCCGGGCAGUCUCCGGGGCGGGGACCCAGGCGUGAAAGGCGCUCAAGUUGCGCGGUCCUUGGUGCGCUGUUGGGGGCGCCCUCCGCGGCGGGCAGCUGGCCAGGGACCGGCCCCCGCAGCCGCCCGGCGCGCGAAGGCUGCGCUUUCCCUUCGGCCCCCCUCGUUUCCUCCCGCGGGGAGGCAGCGGAGAUUUCCUCUCGGGGAAACUACGCGGAUCCUUCCCGGGGCUCCUCGCCCCGCCCCACUUCUCCGCCCCCUCCCCUUUGCUGGGGAGCAGGGGCUGGCCUGCGCUGGGAAGAGGCUCUGGCAGCCUGAGCCGGGAGGUGGCGGGGGGCCGCGGAGCCGCAGGCCAACGACUCGCCCCGCCAUGUGACGCUGCCCUCUGCCCAGGGACCCCCAUCGCGCCCCGGGCCCGCGCCCGCUCUAGGUCGCGCCGGGCACCAUGCUUCUGCCUGGACACGCGCGCCCGCCGCCGGUGCCGCAGCUCGCGCAGCAUCCUGGACCCCGCAGGCAGGUAGAACCUCCCGGGCAGCUCCUGCGCCUCUUCUACUGCACUGUCCUGGUCUGUUCCAAAGAGAUCGCUGCGCUCACGGACUUCUCCGGUUAUCUAACCAAACUCCUGCAAAACCACACCGCCUAUGCCUGUGAUGGGGACCAUUUGAAUCUACAGUGCCCUCGGCAUUCUACGAUAAGUGUCCAAUCGGCAUUUUAUGGGCAAGAUUAUCAAAUGUGUAGUGCCCAGCAGCCUGCCUCCCAGAGGGAAGACGUGGCCUGUGUGGCUCCCACCACAUUGCAGAAGGUGCUGGACGAAUGCCAGAACCAGCGGGCCUGCCACCUCCUGGUCAAUAGCCGUGUUUUCGGACCUGACCUUUGUCCAGGAAGCAGUAAAUACCUCCUGGUCUCCUUUAAAUGCCAACCUAAUGAAUUAAAAAACAAAACCGUAUGUGAAGACCAAGAGCUGAAAUUGCACUGUCACCCUUCCAAGUUUCUCAACAUCUACUCGGCGAGCUACGGCAGGAGGACCCAGGAGAGGGACACCUGCGCCUCAGAAGCAGAGCGGCUCCCCCCCUUUGACUGCCUGUCUUACUGGGCUUUGCAAGUAUUAUCCAGGAGGUGCUACGGGAAGCAGAGAUGCAAAAUCAUGGUCAACGAUCACCAUUUCGGGAGCCCCUGUCCGCCAGGAGUGAAAAAAUACCUCACUGUCACCUAUGCCUGUGUUCCCAAGAACAUACUCUCAGCGAUUGAUCCAGCCGUCACUAACGUAAAACCUUCUUUGAAGCAGAAAGAUGGUGAACAUGGUAUAAACUUUGACCCAAGCAAACCGAGGGUUCUGAGGAAAGACGGCAUUAUUGUUAGCAACUCUCUGGCAGCAUUUGCUUACAUUAGAGCCCACCCAGAGAGAGCUGCGCUGCUGUUCGUGUCCAGCAUCUGCAUCGGUCUGGCACUCACAUUGUGUGCCUUGGUCGUCAAAGUGUCCUGCACCAAGGACUUCAGGGAGCUGCAGCUGGCGAGGGAGCAUCUGGUGCCGGAAAGUGACAAGGCUGAGGAAGACAGCGAGGAUGAGGACAGGGAGGAGGACUCCUCUGACUCCGAUUUUCCAGGAGAACGGUCUGGGUUCUGUAGGACUUCGUAUCCUGUCUACAGUUCCAUAGAGGCUGCAGAGCUGGCAGAAAGGAUUGAGCGCAGGGAACAAAUCAUCCAGGAAAUAUGGAUGAACAGUGGUUUGGACACGUCGCUCCCAAGAAACAUGGGCCAGUUCUACUGAGAAAGAGACACGUCUUCAUGUGACCACACUUUCUGAAGAGGGAAGGAUCCAAAAUGCCCCUCCAGUUCUGUUUCACUUGUACCUUCUAUGAAGGAGUAUUUGUCAUGUCAUCCAAUACUGGUGAAGCCAGAAGCCAUUAAAGGGACAUUUCAAACAGUUUACAGCACAUUUCAAAAUAAAAUAGGAGGGAAGUCUC